GUCACUAAAUGAACUGUUGUAAGUCAAGGACUACUUGUAUUAAUGUUCAGGUGGGAAUUAUCCAUCGCCGAGCAAAUGCAACGACUGUGCACGUCAGAGUCCGUCAAGAGCACGUGGAAUGAAUUAGGAUCCUCCUGCCCCCCACCAACACCGUCGCCGCUUGCAGCCCCGUCGAGUGGGUGGGGAAGGAGGGGCCGCUGCCUCCGACGCGCCAGCUCCAGCGCAUGUGCCGCCUCCCGCCCCCUCUCCGCUCCUCCCCUGAUCGCCCGCCCGGUGCCGGAGAGGCUAGGAGCGCAACCCAGGAGAAGCGACCGCGAUGAAGGACCGGACGCAGGAGCUGCGUACGGCCAAGGACAGUGAUGAUGACGACGAGGUUGCUGUUGGUGUGGAUCGGGAUCGUUUUAUGGAUGAGUUUUUUGAGCAGGUGGAAGAAAUCCGUGGGUUCAUAGAGAAUAUCUCAGAAAAUGUGGAGGAGGUGAAGCGAAAGCAUAGUGCCAUCCUCGCUGCCCCAAAUCCUGAUGAGAAAACCAAGGAAGAGCUGGAGGAAUUGAUGUCUGAUAUCAAGAAGACAGCCAACAAAGUGCGCUCCAAGCUAAAGAGUAUUGAACAGAAUAUUGAACAUGAGGAAGGGCUGAACAGAUCAUCAGCAGACUUGAGAAUAAGGAAAACUCAGCAUUCUACCUUAUCACGGAAGUUUGUGGAGGUGAUGUCAGAAUACAAUACAACCCAGACUGAUUACCGGGAACGGUGUAAAGGAAGAAUCCAAAGACAGCUGGAAAUAACUGGCAGGACCACCACCAGUGAGGAACUGGAGGACAUGCUGGAGAGUGGGAAUCCAGCUAUAUUCUCCUCUGGGAUCAUCAUGGACUCCAACAUUACAAAGCAGGCAUUGAAUGAGAUUGAGACCCGGCACAGUGAGAUCAUCAAGCUAGAAAACAGCAUCCGUGAACUCCAUGAUAUGUUCAUGGACAUGGCCAUGUUGGUGGAAAGCCAGACUGUUCAGGUAUUGGCAGGUCUGGCAGCAAAUGCAGGGCAAAGGAGACUGAAAGCGCCGUUCCCACUCCAUGUGGAUGGCGAGAUGAUCGACCGCAUUGAAUAUAAUGUGGAACACUCCGUGGACUAUGUGGAGAGGGCUGUGUCAGAUACCAAAAAAGCUGUAAAGUACCAGAGCAAAGCACGGCGGAAGAAGAUUAUGAUUAUCAUCUGCUGCGUCAUUCUGGGAAUUGUCAUUGCUUCUACUAUUGGUGGAAUAUUUGGCUAAAAGCCUGCAACCAUCCAAGAAUAUCGCUUAUGGGAGUUAGGAGAUGAAUAAGAGCACCGGAGGCACCCAGCCCACCACCCAUCUGGGCCCAUCCAAACCCUGUACCCGCCGUUGGAGAAUACUGGUGGACCAGCACUCUCGUCUCUAAUGCAUGAUUAUUUGUGUUAACACUAUGUGUUAAGUACAGUGUACGUGUUGGGGGAGGGAUGGUGCUGGGGGGAUGGUGGGAAGGCAGUGUGUGCAUGACAUGCUCAAGGUUUUGGCAGUUCUACCACCUUUUGACCUCUCCUUGAUGGUCAGAUCUCUUCAAACCGAAUCCCCUUUCCCUGCCUUCCAGUGAGGUCCUCUUUCUUCUCCCCAAAAUAAGAGUUCGCUACAACAGCUAUGCACAGUUAAUCCAAUCCCUGCCCUGGCAGGGAAAAGGUCUGGUCAUCAUCAUCUGUCGCCAGAACUGUGUGCUCUGCACUGCUGCUUGUAAGAGGUAGGGGAGCCUCUUUGGCAAGGCCAGUCUUCCUCUUUUUUAGCCAUGGGCUAAAAACACCCUUUUGUAGUGUUGCAGGCCUGUUCAUCUAGGAUAUUCUGAAUUUUUUUUUAUUCUGCAGCUGCCCAGCCAGGAGUAUGGCCCACCUGACCCAAAUCUGUGUCUUCCACAGUUCUGCUCUGAGCGCCAUUUCUGUUCAGUGGAAACCUCAGUCUUUUUCAAUUUCCAAGGAAGCACUGGGCUUCUUUUCUCUUGCCUUCCUGAAAGCAAAAUGUAAUGUUAUUUCUUUAAAAUGUCAUUCAAGGUUUGUUUGCUUAAAAAAGCAGAAAGGUGAUCUGCAACAUGAAAUUAGGACAAAAUUAGGACAAAAAUAAUUACUUCCACACAACCAGCUAAAUUGGAGGAGUCAGAGGUAAGCUUCACCACAUCCAAUUAGGUCUUCUGGGUGUGUUAACCAAGAGCUGGUGGAUGAUGAAAUGGGAAUUUACAAAUGCAUAUUUUAGAAAUGUGUUCCAGACAAGUUGCAGCUCCUCUGUCACGCAACACAACAAAUCCAAGUUUAAAAUAUUAUGAGAAGCAGCCUUAUAUGGAGGGCCUAUUAAAAUGGUUGUGGUACUAAUGUGUCCAUGGCGUUCCUUGGUCCUUACCAGACUUUCUGUCCCAAUUU